AUGCUUAUGCGGAAGUGCCCCAUGCCUGCUCUGCCGAUGUUGCCCCAGUGGAAACAACUCCACUAUAACUCGGCUGAUUUAUGCAUUCUUCUUACUUCUUGGUGUGAGCGUUGCCUGUGUGAUGUUAAUACCAGGCAUGGAAGAGCAGCUGAAGAAGAUUCCUGGAUUUUGUGAUGGAGGGAUGGGAACAACUAUUCCUGGUGUGCACGGCCAUGUGAAUUGCGAUGUACUGGUUGGUUACAAAGCUGUGUACCGUGUGUGCUUUGGUAUGGCCAUGUUCUUCCUUCUCUUCUCCUUAUUGAUGAUCAAAGUGAAGAGCAGCAACGACCCAAGAGCAGCGGUGCACAAUGGAUUCUGGUUCUUUAAAUUUGCAACAGCACUUGCAAUUAGUGUUGGAGCUUUCUUCAUACCAGAGGGAUCGUUUACAACUGUGUGGUUUUAUGUAGGUAUGGCUGGAGCAUUCUGCUUUAUUCUUAUUCAGCUGGUCUUGCUCAUUGACUUUGCCCAUUCCUGGAAUGAAUCUUGGGUUGAAAAAAUGGAGGAAGGAAACUCAAGAUGCUGGUAUGCAGCUCUGCUGUCAGCUACAGCUGUCAAUUAUCUGAUGUCUCUAGUAGCCAUUGUCUUGUUUUAUGUUUAUUACACUCAUCCAGAAGGUUGUUCUGAAAACAAGGCAUUCAUCACUGUUAAUAUGCUGCUGUGUAUCGGUGCUUCUGUAAUGUCAAUUCUGCCGAAGAUUCAGGAAUCUCAGCCAAGAUCUGGUUUGCUGCAGUCUUCUGUGAUCACAAUUUAUACAAUGUAUUUGACUUGGUCAGCUAUGACCAAUGAACCAGAUAGGCGCUGUAACCCGAGUUUGCUGAACAUCAUUGGUUACAACAGCACCACCAUUCCAACCCAAGGCCAUGUAGUUCAGUGGUGGGAUGCACAAGGAAUUGUAGGACUGGUGGUGUUUUUGCUGUGUGUUCUCUAUUCAAGCAUCCGAACAUCCAACAACAGCCAAGUUAACAAGCUGAUGCUGACCAGUGAUGAAUCCACACUGAUAGAGGAUGGAAUGCCCAGGAGUGACGGCUCCCUUGAUGAUGGAGAUGAUGUUCACCGAGCCAUAGAUAAUGAGAAGGAUGGAGUUACUUACAGUUACUCCUUCUUUCAUUUCAUGCUUUUCCUGGCAUCACUGUAUAUCAUGAUGACGCUUACCAACUGGUACAGUCCCGAUUCUUCUUAUGAGACAAUGACCAGCAAAUGGCCGUCUGUCUGGGUGAAGAUAUCUUCCAGCUGGAUUGGCAUCGUGCUGUACGUGUGGACUCUGGUUGCUCCGCUGGUUCUUACAAACCGUGACUUUGACUAAGCUGUGCUGCUCUCUAGGGAGACUGUUAGCUUCACUGUGUCUUUGAAACAAACAGUAGUCCAGAUAAUAGUGCAGUUGUAAAUAUGUGUGUGCGCGCGUGUGCUCUCCAUGUAGUAUACCCUGCUUUAUUCUGCAUGAUUACCUUGAAUCAUGUUUUUUGUCAGUUCACUAAAUGAUUUUUUCUAUCUGAGCUCAGUGACAAUUGCUAUAAAGAUGGUUUUUAUAGGAGUAGUCCUGGAUUGAAUGCUUUGGGAGCUUUAGAUGUAAGAUCAAGACCUUCUGGAAGUAGGUUGUUUUUUUCCCUCAGUUGCAUUAAAUAGUUGUAGGAAAAAAGUGCAAGUG